CGCAAACACCGAACCUCAGACACACGCCGAAGCACACCGGGAGAGCAGCCCUCGAUGCGUUCAACUUUGCCAUCUUGUGCCAUUUGAAUAUUUAAUUCCGAUAUUUUUGUUCUUUCUUGUUGGUUCACUUUGGAGGCGGGGGACGCGCACUUGUGUGGGAAAAGGAAGCACCUCCGCGUGGAAGACAAAACGUUUUUUUUUCUUCGUUUAUAUUUCUUCAGCAAGACCAAGGAGAGUGUUACGAUAUUCCGCCGCGUCGGAGGAGUGGAGCGGCGGAUAGAGGGGGGCUACGAAGACUACCACCUCACGGAUAUCCGUGGACAUGGCGCUGGAGAGGAGACUGGACCUGCUCCUCGGACUUGUCCUGCUUGUGCAGUGUGUGUACGACGCCGGAGCCCAGACCGGGGUCUCUUACUCCUCCAUGCAAGGUGGGCAAGUGGUGGAUGAGGACAUGAUGGUGGACACGAAGACACACGCACACCGCUGGAGGAGAUGGCUUCCAAACAGCCCGCGGAACAUGGACAGUAACAGGGCCAGUCCGGAGCAGGAGCAGGAACACGAGGAGGAUGAGGAGGCGGUGGCUGCGCAGGAGGAAUCGGAAACCGAGCGCUUCCCGGGCCUGAUUUCAGCCGAGGACGCCGGCAACAGCUCACAAAUUGAGGAGGACACAGACCACAACUACUACACAUCCAAAAUAUACAGCCCGACGGAUCCGACAAGCAAGGGCUUGUGGGUAAACAUCGAGCAGAUGGACAAGGAGAAAGUGAAGAUUCACGGGAUUCUGUCCAACACGCACAGACAAGCAGCGAGAGUCAAUCUGUCCUUUGAUUUUCCUUUCUAUGGACAUUUUCUGCGUGAGAUCACCGUGGCAACUGGAGGGUUCAUCUACACAGGCGACGUGGUGCACAGGAUGCUAACUGCCACGCAGUACAUAGCCCCCCUUAUGGCCAACUUUGACCCCAGCGUGUCAAGAAACUCCACCGUCAUCUACUUUGACAACGGUACCGCUCUGGUGGUGCAGUGGGACCACGUCCACUUACAAGACAACUACAACCUGGGCAGCUUCACAUUCCAGGCCACGUUGCACGACACUGGUCGCAUCAUCUUUGCUUACAAAGAGAUCCCCGUCGAACUGUCGCAGAUCAGCCCGGUUAACCACCCGGUGAAGGUGGGCCUGUCGGACGCUUUUGUGGUGGUCCACAAAAUCCAGCAGAUACCCAACGUGAGGCGGCGAACCAUCUACGAGUACCACCGUGUGGAGCUGACCAAGACGAGGCUCACCAACUCCUCUGCCGUGGAAUUUACACCAUUGCCCACUUGUCUCCAGUUCACCAGCUGCCGAACGUGCAUCUCCUCCCAGGUUAACUUCAACUGCAGCUGGUGCCAUCGCCUCAACAGAUGCUCCAGUGGAUUUGACCGCCAUCGGCAGGACUGGGUGGACAACAGCUGUCCAGAUGAGACAAAGGACAAGCUGUGUGACAUCAUUGACACCACCUACGUCUACCCCUUCAUCACAUCUGUUGGCGCCAAGACCACCGCCAGAAGCAAAGACACCCCACUGUCCACCUCGCAGCCCCCAACCAGCGCCCCAACUGAAGAUGAUACCAAGAUUGCACUGCAUCUCAGAGAAAAUCAAGUGAUGCCAGCAGACAGCGCGGCGGACCGUACGACGGGCACGCACCCUCUGCACACGGGUUUGAUCCUGGGUGUCCUGCUGGUGAUGGUCAUCAUGGUGGCGGGCGUGAUGGUCACCGUCUACAUCUACCAUCACCCAACGUCGGCCGCCAGCCUCUUCCUGAUCGAGAGACGGCCGAGCAGUUGGCCGGCUAUGAAGUUCCGCCGCGGCUCGGGCCACCCGUCUUAUGCCGAGGUGGAGCCGGCGGGCCACGAGAAGGAGGGCUUCAUCGUGUCCGAACAAUGCUGAGAGAGGGCCAAGUUCCUAGCCAGCCAGGGACAUCGUCACCUGGAUCAUCUUUGAUCUGAAGAACAGACUCGUUACGCCGAGCAACUGAGGAAGUGGACGCCACGGCGGGACAACAUGGCUGCCUUGAAUGCAUCCUGUAUGGCAUCAGGAGAGAAUGACAUCUUAUAUACACAUUUUUUAAAAACAAUGUAUGAAUGGAUUUCAUUUUUAUUAUUGCUGGGGUUCCACAAUAUAGGCUUUGAAAGGCUUUGAAUGUCCACCCGCUUCUGUUUUACAUUGCUUUUUCUUCGAAUAUCAUGUUUUCGACAAUUUUUUAUUUUAUUUAUAUUUUACGUUUCCACAGUGUUGAGAGGCAUGCAUCAUCCGUCACAGUGAACUCCAGAGAACGAUAGUUUAAUUUGAUUUAUUAUUAUUUUAUUUUAUUUUUUUACUGUGGCGUCACUAAAGAAUAAUAAUUAAACUGCAAGAAAAAAGUGGUAAUGUUAUGAGAAUAUUUUUAAAAAAUCUAAUUUUCUCCAUAAAGUCACAAUAUUAUGAGAAUGAAGUGCUCUUUUUUAGUUGAAAGAUGAAAUAUAUUGAGUAAAAAAAAAUGAUGUGAAUUUUACAUAACACAAAAAAUAACUUUUUUUCUCAAAAUUGCAACUGCUGUACACCCACACAAAAUUACAAUUUUCAACAAAAAAAAGGAACAAUCACCUUUUUGCUUUUAUUCAGUUUUUUGUCUUUAGAUUACUCUUUUUUCCCCUGGAAAAAAAGUA